CGGGGCGGCGGCCCCUCCCCUGGCGGCGGCGGGCUCCCGGAGCCACCGGAGUUUUAAGCACGCGGGAGGGAGAUGCGAUCGCGGCUCGGGCUCUUUGCAGGUCUCUAACCAGCAUAAUGCUGGAGCAGGAGGCCACCAGCCUGCAGCUUUCAAGAUGGCCGAGCUGGAUGCUGACUUGGAUCACGUCAUCCCAACUGUCCUUCCCCCUUUCUGGGCUAAGUUAGUCGUGGGACUUGUUUCUCUUCUGUGUUUUGCAAGGAGCUAUGAUGGAGACUUUGUCUUUGAUGACUCCGAAGCUAUUGUUAACAAUAAGGACCUCCAAUCAGACACACCCCUGGGCGACCUGUGGCAUCAUGACUUCUGGGGCAGCAGACUGAGCAGCAACAGCAGCCACAAGUCCUACCGGCCGCUCACUGUCCUGACUUUCAGGAUCAACUACUACCUGUCUGGAGGCUUCCACCCCGUGGGUUUCCAUGUGGUCAACAUCCUCCUGCACAGUGGCGUCUCCAUCCUCAUGGUGGAUGUCUUCUCAGUGCUGUUUGGUGGUCUGCAGUACACCAGUAAAGGCCGGAGGGUGCACUUGGCCCCCAGAGCGUCCCUGCUGGCGGCACUGCUGUUUGCUGUCCAUCCAGUGCACACUGAGUGUGUUGCUGGUGUGGUUGGCCGUGCAGACCUGCUGUGUGCCCUGUUCUUCCUGUUGUCCUUCCUUGGCUACUGUCAAGCGUUUAAAGAAAGCAACAAGGAGGGCGCCCAUUCUUCUACCUUCUGGGUGUUGCUGAGUAUCUUUCUGGGAGCAGUGGCCAUGCUGUGCAAAGAGCAAGGAGUCACCGUGCUGGGCUUGAACGCUGUGUUCGAUAUCCUGGUGAUAGGCAAAUUCAACAUUCUGGUAGCUGUCCGGAAGUUCGUACAUAAGGACAAGUCAGUAGAGAACAUCGGUGUGCUCAGGAGUGGAGGCCUCCUCUUCCGAAUGACCCUGCUCACCUUUGGAGGCACAGGCAUGCUUUAUGUACGCUGGACCAUCAUGGGUACAGGCCCGCCGGCGUUUUCUGAGGUGGACAACCCAGCCUCCUUUGCUGACAGUAUGCUGGUUAGGGCCAUAAACUAUAAUUACUACUAUUCAUUGAAUGCCUGGCUGCUGCUGUGUCCCUGGUGGCUGUGUUUUGAUUGGUCAAUGGGCUGCAUCCCCCUCAUUAAGUCGGUUGGUGACUGGAGGGUAAUUGCUCUAGCGGCACUUUGGCUCUGCCUAAUUGGCCUCAUAUUCCAAGCCCUGUGCUCGGAAGACAGCUGCAAGAGAAGAAUCCUUACUCUGGGCUUGGGAUUUCUUGUGAUCCCCUUCCUUCCCGCGAGCAACUUGUUUUUCCGAGUGGGCUUUGUGGUUGCAGAGCGUGUCCUCUACCUCCCCAGCGCUGGCUUCUGCGUGCUGCUGACGUUUGGGUUUGGAGCCCUAAGCAGACACACUAGGAAAAAGAAACCGGUCGCCGCCGUCAUCCUGGGAAUUCUGCUCAUCAGCGCACUGAGAUGUGUGGUCCGCAGCGGCGAAUGGCGGAGUGAAGACCGGCUCUUCCGAAGUGCCCUGUCUGUGUGUCCCCUCAAUGCUAAGGUUCACUACAACAUUGGCAAAAACCUGGCUGAUCAAGGCAACCAAACAGCGGCCAUCAAAUACUACCGGGAGGCAGUGAGACUAAAUCCCAAGUAUGUUCACGCCAUGAACAACCUCGGGAAUAUCUUAAAAGAAAGGAAUGAGCUACAGGAAGCUGAAGAAAUGCUGUCCAUGGCUGUCCAGAUACAGCCAGACUUUGCAGCCGCGUGGAUGAAUCUGGGCAUUGUCCAGAACAGCCUGAAACAGUUUGAGGCCGCAGAGCAAAGCUAUCGGACAGCCAUUAAACACAGGCGGAAGUACCCAGACUGCUACUACAACCUCGGGCGGCUGUAUGCAGACCUAAAUCGCCACGUGGAUGCGCUGGACGCGUGGAGGAACGCCACUGCACUGAAGCCGGAGCACAGCCUGGCAUGGAACAACAUGAUCAUACUUCUGGACAACACAGGUAACUUAGCCCAGGCGGAAGCAGUCGGAAGAGAGGCGCUGGAACUAAUCCCUAAUGACCACUCUCUUAUGUUUUCCUUGGCAAACGUUCUGGGGAAAUCCCAGAAAUACAAGGAGUCUGAAGCUUUAUUCCUCAAGGCAAUUAAAGCAAACCCAAAUGUUGCAAGUUACCAUGGUAAUUUGGCUGUGCUUUAUCACCGCUGGGGACAUCUGGACUCAGCCAAGAGACACUAUGAGAUCUCCUUGCAGCUUGACCCCGUGGCAGCAGGCACCAGGGAGAACUACAGUCUGCUGAGAAGAAAGCUAGAGCAAGCGCAGAAGAAAGAUGUCUGAUCUUCUCCUUGGGAUUCUGAGUCUGUGUGUUGCGCACAUGAGGCCUCUGUUCAGUUUGUGUGUUUAUGUUUGGCCAUUUUAAAAUCUCAGAUAUUCGGUUUU